UUCCCUGUCAUGGCGGCUCACUGAAGCCACUGACGCCACAUGUGGAAAUAAAGUCUCCGCGAGACCGACACGGACCAGAGCGGUCCAGUAAAUCACCGGGUGACUCUGCGGACCCUGACGGGACCCUGACCGGACCGACGGGCUGCUCACACUCCGCUUCAGGACCGCCAUGCCGCUGGACGUGGAGCUCCCGGUGCUCCGGGGCUUCCUGACGGCCAGCGAGGCUGCGGGAUGGAAGCAGCGGCUCUCCGGUACUCCAGACGCCGGCGCUCUGCUGGAGGACCUGAUGGGAGGGAACUUGGAGGCGGUUCUGCGGAGCCCCCAGGUGGUCGACCUGCUCGCCGGAGACGCCGGCCGCAGCGAGGGCGAGGACCUCGAGGCCUUCCUGGAGAGACGGGUCCUGUGGUACCUGGACGGGGGCUCCGAUGAGGACCGGACCAACAGGCAGCUGGCCGUCAUGGCCCUGGCCGCCGCCUGCCUCCACCUGUUUGCUCAGAGUAACUGGACCGGGCCGACGGUGCGCCUCGACACCCGCGACCUGCUGACCUCUCAGCCCUCUUCCCUGGACGAAGCCGUCCUCUCCAGCCUGCUGCUGGACGGGGAGUCGGUCUACCCCCUGGUGUCCAACCCGCUGCUCCUGCUGCUGUCCAGGGUCGUCCUCACCAGGUGCUCGUCCAGGAUGGACGGCCUCCAGCUGCUGCCCUGGUGGACGCUUCGCUACGUCAAGCUGCACCAGCAGAUCCUGGAGGCCACGUCCCCUCAGCUCUUCAGCCUGGCCCAGAGCAGCAUGGAGAAAGUGCUGGCGACCUGCUCGGCCUGGUCGGAGCAGAGAGCCCUGGCCGUCCAGUUCCACCUGGAGUGCGUCUACACCUGUCUGACGUACUACGAGUACCAGCCGGCCAAGGAGCACAUCCAGGAGGCCCAGCAGCUGUCCGGACUGGACGUCAACCUGACGGGCGCUCUGGGCAAACGGACCCGAUUCCAGCAGAAGUUCUUGGCGCAGCUCUUCCUUGAAGUGAAAAAACGCCAGGAGCAUCUGGAUCGGCCGCAGGACGAGGCCACGCCCACUCCGACGCCCAAGGAGAGCCUGCCCAAGGACUGCAGUCUGGCCGACGACACGGUGCUGGACAACAUCAGCUUCGCCGACGCGGAUCAGCUGGAGCUGCCCGACCUGAGCGCCGAGGAGCAAGCCGUGGUCCUGGGACUGUGCACCGACUUCCAGAAGAACAACCCGGUCCACAAGCUCACGGAGGAGGAGCUGCUGGCCUUCACCUCUUGUAUCCUGUCUCAGCCGAAGUUCUGGGCCGUGGAGGUCAUGGCGCUCUGCCUCCGGACCAAGCUGGAAAAGGGGAAGUCCCGCCGUGUGGAGAGAGCGAUGAUGCAGAUGCAGGCGAUCGUCGACCACUACGAGGACGAGAGCUGUCCGGUGACCGAGCGCCUCAAAGUCUUCUACUGCUGCCAGGCCCCGCCCAGGUGGGCUGUGCAGAAGCAGCUGGCCGGCCUGCUGACGGAGCUGGGCUGCCUGAGCUCGGCCCUGCUGGCGUACGAGAGGCUGCAGCUCUGGGAGGACGUGGUGGUCUGCCACGAGAGGCUGGGCCAGCACGGGAAGGCUGAGGAGAUUGUGCGCAGAGAGCUGGAGAAGAAGGAGACCCCCAGCCUGUACUGUCUGCUGGGGGACAUCCUGAGGGACCACCAGUACUACGACCGGGCGUGGGAGCUGUCGGGGCGCCGCAGCGCCAGAGCCAUGCGCUCCAAGGCCCUCCUGCACCUGCGGGGAAAGGAGUUCCAGCAGUGUGUGGAAUGCUUCGAGCGCUCUCUCCAGAUCAACGCCAUGCAGCUCGGUGUGUGGUUUUCCCUCGGCUGUGCCUACUUUGCCCUGGAGGGCUACGACGGGGCUGCCAGAGCUUUCCAGAGGUGUGUGAGCCUGGAGCCAGAUAACGCAGAAGCGUGGAACAACCUGUCCACCGCCUACAUCCGCCUCCAGAAGAAAAACAAGGCCUUCCACACCCUGCAGGAGGCGCUGCGGUGUAACUUCGAGCACUGGCAGAUCUGGGAGAACUUCAUCGUGGUCAGCACCGACAUCGGGGAGUUCGCUGAGAGCAUCACGGCCUACCACCGUCUGAUGGACCUGAGGGACGGCUACAAGGACAUCCAGAUCCUUCAGAUCCUGGUCCGGGCGGUCGUCGGGAAUCUGUCGGACUGCCACGGCCAGAAGGCGGCGGACCUCCAGUCCAAGCUGAAGGAGCUGCUGGGCCGGGUCAGUUCCCGCCACAGCGGCGACGCGGAGGUGUGGCGGCAGUACGCCCUGCUGUACGGCGGUGGGCGGGGCUCCAGCCAGGAGGACAACGAGAAGGCGCUGCACUUCCUGUCCAAGGCCCAUCGCUGCGAGGUGCAGGCCGCCGGCUGGGACAAAGAACCGGCUCUAUUCAAGGACGUGAUCCAGAGAGCGAUCCACCUGGGGGAAGUGACGAUCGCCUGCAGUGAGAAGAAGAGCAACGCGACAGAAGCUCUUCAGAUGCUCUCCUCCACCCGCCUCAGCCUCAGGAGUCUGGCCACCAAAGCCAAGCAAUUGCACACGGACGUGGCCACGGGGCAGCUCCACGGCGAGCUGCGGGACGGCGUGGACGCUCUGGAGCGGCUCGUCGCCGAGCUGCAGCAGCUGAGCGCCGGGCUCCGCGGCCAAUCGCAGUGACCGCUCCCGCAGACACGCCCCCAGUCUGAGCUCCGCCGGGGCCAUGUGGAUCUCAGGCUCUGAUCUCUCCGUCGACUCGCUGUAACUCUGAUGCUUUUAUACUCUGGAAUAAACCCGACUGGACUCCUGA